AGUACAUAGUCCAUAGACUUAUUUAUAGACCAGUCCAUAGAAUAGUCAAUAAACUAGCCCAUAAACAAGUCCAAGAAUUAGUCUGGAUUUGAGUAAGUACUAGUCUAUUGCCAGGUCUAUUAUAUAGACUAGUUAAUAGCCAAUAUUCUUCCUAUAUAGAACUAUUCUUAAGCAAAUCUUUAAUGGUUGUUCUUUAUUCGAAAUUGUCACUCUGGGAACUAGUUCUAGGAAAAAUUUAACAUGCAACAUGUUAUUUCGCUGGAAGUUCAGCAUAUUUUUUGUUGGGAACAAGAAGUGUUUUAAUACCAAAUUGUUAUUCUAUUUACCCCUCCGACAUUAUUAUUAUACAACUAGAUUAAUCUAACUAAUAUUAAGAAUUAAGAAAUUUUUUAAUAAUACAACCACAUAUUUAUAAAUAUACUUUAUAUAAACUAUAAAUGUAAUGAAUGCGUGAUUGUAUUGAAAAACUUAUAAACCAAACAAAAUGAAAACAAAACAAAAAAAAUCCCAAAAGGUCCUGGUCCGCCUGAUGAAUGUACCAUCAACACACAUAAUAACACUACUACUAUUAGCACACACUCCGAAUUGACGGGAAAAUCAUCAAAUCUUUCAAAUAGUCGUGAUACCACAACGACAUCUUGUUCGGCAUGCCCUUCGGGGAGUUGUUUGAAUUUUUCCUCUAAUGAAGAAUCGGAACGUGAUUAUGAUUUGCUAACAUCAUCUAUGUCGCCUGUAUGUAACUGUGAUUGUGAAUGUGCCACACAAACGGCUAAUGCCACAACUAGUCCUACUCUAAAUACAUUGAAUGCCGCCUGCUCGCCUACACCCUCGUUGUCGGCGGCAUCGGCCUGUAAUGCUGCGGUCGAUGUCGAACAACAACAUUUUUCCUUUUCCUCAUCGAUUGCAAACCUUAAAUUACACACUUCUUCAUCGUCGUACAAUCAUCAUCAGCGUCCUUCCCAUCUUUUGCAUCAGCAAAAUCAUUUCUCAUCGCUACUGAAUAAUGCGGCCGCCGCUUGCUCGUCAUCAACAUCGUGUUUUAUAUCCUCUGCCAUUUCAUCGGCCAAUGUCUGUGCCACCGGACCAGCUACAGCUAAUAGUUCAUAUUUAUGUUCCACAUCGGCUCCCACAUCAGCCAGUGCUAAUAAUAGUUUAGCGGCGCGUCGUCAGUCUAUUAGUAAACUAUUAACUGCAACACAUAAUAAUAAUACUUGUAGCAUAAAUAAUAAUUCCACUUCUACAACAACCACCAGUCUGUGUGGUUUUAAAAACAAUUCCCUAUUGACUUCGCCACCAUCGGCUACUCAGCAUCAGCAGCAACAACAACAACAACAUUCCUUUUCUAGUUCUUCUCGUGGUUUUGCUGGUCUAUUUUGCAAUAGUCGUUCCGCAUCGAAAAAUGAUGUUAACGAGUCACUCUCCUCGCCUCAUCACAAUUUACCACAGCGGUCAUCACAUCAACAUAAUACCACAACAAAUCAACAACAUCACCACCACCAACACCAUCAUCAACAACAACAACAACAUCUCCAACAGCAACCACAUCAUAAUUAUGAUAAUAAUCAACAUAAACCAUUGAAAAGUAGUGAUAGUUUGUCAGAUGUUAGUGAUACAUUUGAAUGGUGGUUUCAAAGACACAAAAGAAAUUCAACAAAAAAGAGCAGGUAUAUAAAAACAAAGAACAGAAUUAAUAACAAAUUUAACAAAAAAAAAUCUUUCCGAAAAUGUCAUCAACAUCACAAAUCAGUCGUUUCAUAUUACAUCUGUUUUUAUACAAUUAAAAUAUUUUAACAUUCUUUUGUAUUUGUUUAUUACAAUGAUGAAAUUGUAUUCGUAUCACUAGAAAAAUAUAUUUUAGAAACUUGCACUUAACUUUUGUUUCAAAGGCACAUGGUUACUUCAAAACAAUAACAUGAUUGUGACCUUUUCUCUGUACAGGUCAAAGGUUGUUUUUUUUUGAUUUUCUUAUCUUUAUUAUUAUUCUCUAAUCAAGCUCAAACCCAAACAUUUAAAGGCAAUAUAAAAUUGUUUAUCAUUAAGCAGAGAGUAAUUCCAUAAAAUAGAAAGUCGAGGUAUUUAUUCCCUAGCCAAACAUUUCACCUUAGAAGUCAGAGUUCAUUUUGUGAUUAAAAUUUUAAUAUUUGCUAAAACUUUUGGAUACUUUAAAACAAAUAGAUGAAAACUCUUUUCAUAUUCACUGACGUCUUUCUUUUCUUAUUUCUCUGUGGGGAUUUUGCCGUUACAUAUCCUGCACACCCUACAAUUUGUAAAUUUAUAACCUUUGUGCUCAUAAACAAUAAUAAUUUGUUAAUAAUAAACUUUAUAUCUCUCGAUACACUAAAAGAAAUUUAGUUUAUUCAUUCCCUUAAGGGAAUUUUGUAAGGGUCACGCUCUUUUAUUUUGUCUAUAUAAAAAAUAAUAAUUAUUGAAGGUCAUUAAAAUCCUAACACACUGAAGUUGAAACAAUUAUAAAGAACAAAAAAUAAUCGAUCUAUAUUAAACUAAAUAUAUAAGUGACUAAUAAACAAAUACAUAUAAUUGUUUCAUAUGAAUUGGCGCCCCCAACAAAAAUUAUAUUCCUGAGAUAUGAAGUAGU